AUGACAGCAGUCUCGACACAAAUAUCACAAGCCCGUAUCGACGCGGUCAAAGACUCCCUCGCAGCAGUGACAUCCUGCCCAAAGACCGCAUACGAAGAGCUUGAAAGCCUUCUCAAUAUAACAACGACAAAAUCUACCACCGAUACACAGACACAGCGCCCUAGAUCUCGUGUUGCAACAUCAGGCACAGCCUCUUCCCGAAAUAAGACUACUCGACCUCUGAAUGGUCGAGCGAAAACCGGAUCAAAGAUAGCUGAUCUAGCUGCCGACGACAAGCUGCUGACACCCCGACAACGGCUCGUCCUGGCAACGGAGACAGUAAAUAUCACUUUAAAGUCUCUGACGGAAGCUAUUAGAUUGCCUCCAUCCUCGUUACAGCAAAAUAAUCCAAACGCUACCCGUGCGACAAGGGAAAAUGCACGUGGAUAUGAAAUGCAAUCCAGUUCGCCGUCAACCCCUCGCACACCAAUCAGUCGCAGUCUGAAUACCUCAACUGCGCCAACAAGGCCUUCUUCAUCAGCUUCUGUUAGAUCGACCUCAGGUCUCCUCGCCGUCGCCCAGAGCGCUCGUCUGGCCUUCGCGUAUCUCAGGACGUCUCAAGCGGAUAAUGGGUCUGCACCAAAUGGUUCACAUCUUCAAUUGGAACACGGUAUGCUCGCACUAAUUGGAAAGCUACAGGCUCUUGGGCUGGAUGAUUUAGCAAGUAAGGAGCUGCGUAUUUUGAAACGGCGCCUCCAGCUCUCCCUUGCGAACGAGCCAGGAAAAUCGACAGGAUCCGCCAAGGACGAAACAAAGGAUUCAGUAAUAUCAAAGACGACCUUGACGGAUUUGCUGAAUUUCGAAGACGUCAAAGUCACUGGUCAGGUUACUGAGCUCGUUAUCGGACUGCAGCUCGCUGUGUUGAAACUCAUCGGCUCAAGCAGGCGACCGUCUCUUAUAGUGGCGGCUCUGAACAUGAUCCAGCUAUCGCAGACAAACUCUCCGGCGAAUCUCAUGCUACGAUCUAUUUCGCUAUCUUCCAACGACAAGGUUGCUCGUCAGCUCGAAAUGUUGUCCCAGCUUCUGCUCUCACUCUGCCCUAGCAUCUGCAGAACUGAAGAUGAGAAUGCCUCCAAUACCAAAUUCCAUGUUUCCCCAGAGACAGCCCUUCAGAUUCAGAGUUUAGCUUUCGAAAUUAGACUUCAAUGGUGGUCCGUGUCAGGCCAUCAAGGCAACUCCCCGAGAGAGAUCCUCAACCCAUUUCUAAGAUGUCUGAGCACUUUUGUUCGAAGAUCUUCUGCCGACUCUAAACAAAAGUAUGACCUCGUAUCGGUCCUCUUCGAGAGGCUUGCUUCACGCCUCGAAAGUCACGAUGGUGGCCUGGAUGCAGAGGUUUCAUCGGAAACCGUAGCACUGCCUCCGAUCUUAAGUAUCUACAAGGUUCUCAGCUCAUUGGCGCAAGGUGCCGUUCUUCUACCAGAAGCCAUCAAAUGGACACGAGAGAUGGUAAUGUUAGGAGAAAACGCUCAACUUUCGGAUGCACGUAAACGUGCUUCGGCCAUACGCCUCACUACACUUCAGCUCUAUCAAAUUGCAAACGGAGAUAAUUGGCGGGCCGCUAUUGAAGGCCUCUCAAGCGCAUUGAAACACGUCGAGAGUUCGCUGAAAGGGGAUGCUACUGACAUUGAUGAUAUGCUACUUGAAGUUGCCGGUCUAAGGAAAGCUGCCAUGGAAGUAUUGAUGAGACGAGCGCAAAGCCCGGAACGCCGGGAGGCUAGCUUGCCACCAUCGGUCCAGGAUCUCUGCGAGCAUAUAGUCUAUUCAGUACUUGGGUUCCUACGAAGGUAUCUUGGACCCUCUCCUGGGCCAGAUGCUAACACAAACGUUAUGCAGCGGCAUGAACAACGACGGAGACUUGUGGAAAAAACGGCUAGGAUGGGUAUUGAUUCUGCAGUUGCACUCGCAAAGAUUGCCAUUGCACAGAAACGAGUGGACUGGGAUCAAUUGGAACCAUGUCUGGGUGAUUGUUACAGCCUUCUCAUGCAGCUCCAAAUCAAUUCUCGCGAUGAUGGAAAGGCCUCUGAUCCGGAAUCAAAAGGGCAGAAGCAGUCCCCAUUUGUGAGACUGUCCAAUGUUUACUGGGCUCUCCAUGCUGAACUACGCGGAUCUACACUUUCCGACCAUCAUUCAAAGUCUAUUACAGCAUUGCAAAGAUCUGUGGAUGCUCUCAAAGAGCAGUCCGCUGCCGAGAAGGAAUCUGGCCUAUGGGGAUUGAAACUCGAGCGGCUCGCUGCUGUUUAUCAAAGCAUUGGCAAAUUGGAAAAGUCGUCGGCCCUUUUGGUGAAUGUUAUUCAAACGAACAUUGCCGCAGGUACUUUGCUGCAGGCUGCUUCCGCUGCAGCAACAAAAAAUAUUUUAGACAUCUGGAAUGCGAGCGGCCAAGUUGGAAAUCUUGGGCGUGCAGUUGUCUCAUUGACUAAGCUGGCCAUUGACGGAAACGAAGAAGCACUUGGGUUUUUCACAGAAAUAUGCGUCAGAGCGGAAGAAAAAGGGGUUCUUUUUGAAUGGGCGUUGCGCCAAGUUCAGUUAAAUCUCGAGUCUACGUCGACCGAGGACGGGGAAUGCCGAAUCCUGAACACACUUGCAGGUACAUUACUUCGAACUUACGAUGCGGAGAACUAUCCAGUUCGACGAAUGCGGGUGAUUGCGAACCUGCUUCAAAUGGAAUCGUUCAGCGAGACCUUUAUUGAGAAAGAUAUGUUGCGAGAAAUGCUCUCGGGUUCCUUUUCGACAAAUGAAUGUGACAUGAAGAGUCGCGAUGCAGGCUUGGCGCGGUAUUCGACACAUCUCACGGCACUCGUUAGUAUACUUUCGGCGUUCAGGAAUGGCGAACUAUCUUCGAAUCAUGUUCAAAAGUGCCUAGAUGGCUGGGAUUCAUUGGUCUAUUCAGCUAGCGACUAUCAGACUCUUGAGUCAAAAGUGACAGAUAUUGGUAGCUGGCUUGAACAACUCCAAUUUCUCGCUGAUUACUUUGGGAUGAAAGGCUUGGGAAUGCUUCGUUGUCAUAUGCUUCGGGUCAAGGUCCGCGUCAGAGAAUUGCGGGAUGCCGAAGGAUCAGGUGCAAUGGUAUCUGAUCUUUGCAAUCUCGGACUACAGUUUCUACAUCUUGGGUAUUCUGAUAAAGCAGGGUCUACGCUUGCCAAGGCUCAAGCUCAUGUCAAAAACGGCUCUUCUGAUGCAUUUUCAUCCAUGCGCUGGCACCUUGCAUAUGCCGAGUAUAUACUUGAACUCGGAAAUGUCGAGAAAUGUGGCGAAAUGCUCGAAUCCGCCGGAAGUCUCUUCAGGACUGACGACUCGGAACAGACCAUUCCAAAGCCGUCUUCGUUGGAGGAGCGCAUUAAAUUCAAUCGACUAAUAGCUGAUGCCUCGUUAGUGUGCUCUUUGCAGUGCUUUACGGCGGGUGCUCUUGAUGAGGCAAUUAUUCAUGCUAAGCGAAGCUUGAGGCUCAAUCAUCGGGCAUGGGCAUGCCUUGAGAACGCCCCGAGUGUGCGGCGAAAAGCUGACGCCUCUCGGAGCAAUUCAGGAAUGGAUGGGCUGUCAGAGGCCAUUUCUCAAGUCUCAAUGAACGGUACAAACCUAAAGGGAGUGGUCCGUUCGACAACGCACGAAGCAUUGAAGGGUCCCAAGUUUUGGACUCUAGUCCCCUCGUUAUACAGAGCAAUGACCCAACUCGCUCAGUUAUACUCCUACCAUGGCUUCUUAAAUGAGGCCAUCUAUUACACGGAACAGGCUCAGCAUAUCGUCGACUCUGUGCAGGCCAUCUCGCUUGCUGCUCACAAUCAAUCUACACUAGGCGAGAUGUAUCUGCGUGGUGGGCGGUUUGAAACGGGACAAGGUAUCCUGGGUAAAUCCAAAGGCAUGGGGGAAUUGGCAGGCAAGAGCAAGGAAUUAAUACAGUGGCAUUGCUCUGUUGGUGCUCUCCAUCGAUUCCAAGGUAAUUUCGAAGGCGAAGUUGAAGCAUAUAAAAGUGCCCAGGCAAUCUUCGAUAAACUCACAGAUCCUGAAUUCGUGAACCAACUUGAUGGAUCAAGGAACCUCGACACCGAUUUAGCAGCGCAAAUGGACCAACUCUCUCUUCAAAAGCCCUCUGUUACUAAAAAGCCGGCUAUUUCCCGUUCAGCCAGACCUGCUACUCGGAGAGUCAACCAGAGAUCAGCGACCGAAGCGAAAAAACUACCAUCCGCAUCAAAACCUACAUUGGAAGACUAUUCCAUACUUCAGCGACUCAAGGGAGAUGUUUUGCGGCGGAAAGCUUUGACAAUGCUGGCACAUGAUAGGAUUGAAAUGGCCGAAGAAUUAUUACUGGAAGCGGCUAAUCUUCCGAAAGAUUUACAAGGGAUCGCGAGACACAAUAUUGCAAAGGCUAAACAAUUAGCAAAGAAGGGGCUAGAACAGAUGCUUGCGGACCCUGUCUUUUGUGUACUUCCGGAUUCCACAAUCUCAGUCCCAUCUGUGAGCCUCGCCAGAGCUCCUGAAAAGAAAACGACUGAGACAACCCAAACCAAAACUCGAGGAAUCGCCACACAAAGAUCAGCGAGGACGGCACCCUCCACUCGCCGUGCGAGGUCGAAGGCACCUGUCAGUCAGCAGUUUGCAGAUAUUCUCAGUCAAGCUUGUGAUGCCAUUUCCGAAGUUCAGGAAUUGGCGAUGCAGAGAUGCUCUAGCUCUGUUAUUCAUGAACUGCUCUCAACGUUUCGUAGCACCAUAAUGCUCCUUUAUGCCGCCAGUUGGGGCGCAGGGCAAGCCGCAAUUAACCCACUCCUCAUUGCUCAAUCCAUGGAAAUCGGGAGAAAUAUUGCAUUAUCAAGAGACAAGAAGAGCUUGCUUGCGGAGAAGCAGUCGCUAACAGAAGAUGCCUGGAAAUGGCCAAAGUCUGAAGGAGUGGUUGAAGAUGAGAUCGAAGCUCAGAGCAGCUUCACGGACCUUUCGGCUUUCCAGCGAGACUUCAUCGACAUAAUUCCAUCUAAUUGGACGGCGAUAUCGAUUGCUCUGAACGAAACUCGUGACGAGCUCUAUGUUUCCCGACUCCGUGCCGGUGAAACGCCAUUCAUAAUUCGUCUUCCCCUUGAUCGGCACAACUCAAGAGAUGCGGAGGAGAUGGUUUUCAACUUUGACGAUGGAAAAGCAGAGCUCGCCGAGAUCAUUGAGCUGGCCAACUUCAGCACACACAGCGCAAGAGCGAUGACAAGCAAAGGAGAAAAAGCGGCUUGGUGGGCUGAGCGAGAAGCGCUUGAUUCUCGUCUGCAUGAAUUACUAAUGAAUAUUGAGAAUAUCUGGUUAGGCGGCUUCAGGGGUGUCUUCUCCCAGCAAACUCGACAUCCUGAGCUGCUUGGACGGUUCCAACAAUCGUUUGAGAAUUCGCUAAACAAGCACCUACCGUCGAGACUGAAGAAGGGAAAGGCUGCCACAAAAAUCACGCUUGAUCCUCGCAUUUUGGAGCUGUUUGUAGGCCUUCAAAGAACGAACGAAGAGGAAGAAGAAUUGGACGAACCUUUGACUGAUUUGCUGUACUUUGUGGUGGAUAUCUUGCAGUUCCACGGUGAACGCAAUGCAUAUGACGAGAUUGACUUUGAUUCGCUUGUGGUCGAAACACAGGAUGCGUUGCGGGCUUAUCACCGCACUGCUGAAGCCGAGGCGGACAACAAUGAGCAGCACACUAUUCUUAUCCUGGACAAGACGCUUCAUUCCAUCCCAUGGGAAUCCUUGCCCUGCCUUUCCGGGCUCUCUGUCUCACGACUCCCAUCUCUUGGAAGCUUGCGAGAUCGGAUUCAGGAUGUGAAAAAGCGAUCGGCCGCCGAGUCCGAGAAGACGGCCACGGAAGAUCUGGAGAUCGACGGCUCGAACGGAGCAUUCAUUCUGAAUCCAGGUGGAGACUUAAGUGCAACACAAGCGGCCUUUGAAGCGCCGCUCAACAGUUUGCGAAACUGGUCGUCCAUUGUUAAGCGUGAUCCUACGACGACCGAGCUCGAGUCUAUCCUUUCCUCCCGCGACAUCUUCCUCUACUUUGGCCAUGGCAGCGCGUCACAGUACAUUAGUCUGCGGUCCGUCAAGAAACUGGACCGCUGCGCCGUGGCCUUCCUCAUGGGCUGUUCGAGCGGCAAUCUCACCGAAACAGGCGAGUUCGAACCAUACGGUACUCCCAUCUCUUACAUGCAAGCUGGGAGCCCCGCUCUUGUCGCCACGCUGUGGGAUGUCACGGAUAAGGACAUUGAUCGUUUCGCCAGUGGCACCUUGGAGCGGUGGGGACUACUCUCUCAAGGGGCAUGCCAAAUAAAGCCUCACCCUAAACAACCUAAGAGGCGUAGUGGUGGUGUGAGCACGGUUCCGCAGUCAUCAUCAUCAUCAUCAACAUCCUCCCGUCGCGCAAUGGGUAUGACAUCAGCAAAAUCCAAAGCUGCUAAAGCUGCGAUGGGAGAGAAACCAAAGAAGAAGGAAAGCCUCGUACGUGCCGUUGCGCAGGCGAGGAAUGAUUGCUAUUUGAGAUACUUGAACGGUGCGGCGCCGGUGGUAUAUGGUGUACCGGUAUAUUUGUCUUGAUCUCGUUUCGUCUCAAUAACGAUUAUCAGAUGGGACUUGACAAGCGCUUUGAUAUUACAGGCUUUGUGCCCAAUUUUCUUUUUUUUUCUUUGUCUAUAUGUUCAAUACGUAGUAUCCACUGCAUACUUGGCGAAUGGGUUUCUAUUUGACAUUAUUGUUUUCUCAUUUUUUUCUUUCUUCUUUGAAGCAUGUUCAUCGGUCACGCAAAAGGGGGUUAUAAGUCUUUAGAUUUAGUACGGGU